AAGACUUGUGCUGGGCCCAAUGGCCCGGGGUCAUCGUCUGUCAGCCAGGUGCCCAGCCCCUGGAACACUGAAGAUCAGGCCCUUCCUGGCACCCUGGUCUCCUGCACUGAGCUGUGUGAGCUCUUCCACAUGGAGGACCCCUGGCAUUGACUGGCAUAGGGUUCAGUGGUGGAGAGAGCAUCAGGUGCCCCACGUCUGUGAUGGGCCAGUAUUCCACAUGGAUCUCAUCACAUGGGUCCAUGGAAGGCGAGCAUCCCUGAGCUGGCACACCACACCUUCUGCCGGCGUGGAGGGUGAACUCUUUCACCCAGGAGGACCCCUGGCCUUGAGCGGCACAGAUGGUGAGCACAGAGGAAGAAUUGCAUUGGGCCCUUUGGCCCCGGACCAGUGUCUGUCAGCCACGUGCUCAGCCUCCCGUGCGCUAAAGCUCAGGUCCUUGCUGUCAUCCUGGUCUCCUGCACUGAGGUGUGCUGAGCCCAUCCAGGUCCCUCUGGAUGUAUGGUGUCUGUGGAGGAAGACUUGCCUUUGGGUUGCUGGCCCCAGGCCAGUGGUUGUCAUCCAGGUGCCCAGCCUUGGUGCACUGAAGCUCAGGUCCUUCCUGGUGCCCUGGUCGCCUGCACUGAGCUGUGGUGAGCACAUCUGUGUGCGGGCCACGGUAUUUUGGACUGGAGACCUGGAGGCCCUGAAUGGCAUCUCAGGGAUGACCAACCCUCUCUCUGUGCUCGUCCUUGAGGCAGCCCAGGCUCCCUGUGCAGGCUUGGUGUCAGCCCUCCAGUUCCCCGGGGGCAUCACAUGUUGGAGGCUCCUUCCUGAGCCCCCGUUCUUCCCUGUGUCUUUCAGUGAACUCUUCUGCCCAGGCGAGCCCCUGGCCUUGAGCAGGAUAGGAGCAGCCCGGGGGUUCUUGCCUGAGCGCAUUGACCCACCUGCCCUGUCCUUCCAGGGUUCGAUGGUGAGCCCCGAGGAAGAAUUGCUUUGGGCCUCCUGGCCCCGGGCCAGUGUCCGUCAGCCAGGUGCCCAGCCCCUGGUGCACUGA